CCCAGACCUGUAAGCCCCGCCCCGCCCACGGGAGGCGGGACUCGGGACGGUUUGAAAGGUCGGCGCGCCGAGCGGGGUGGCUCGGCUGCCGCUGAGAUGUCGGUGCUGAGGCCGCUGGACAAGCUGCCCGACCUGAACGGGGCCACCAUCUUGGUAGCUGGUGGGCAAGGAGGAUGCCUCCUGCAGCGGCUGGCCGAGUCGAUGCUCAAAGACCACUGUGCAUCCGAGCUGAGGGUCCACUUGGCCAACUCGCUCCCUCUGCCCUCCAAUGUGAACCGGCCCCGAAUUGACCUGAUUGUGUUUGUGAUUAACCUGCAUAGCAAACACAGCUUCCGGAACGUGGAGGAGUGUCUGAACCAUGUGGACAGCAGCUUCUUCCUGGGGAAAGUCUGCUUCCUGGUCACAGGGGCUGGACAGGAGAGCCACUGCACCAUUCACCGGAACACAGUUAUAAAACUGGCCCACACCUACCGAAGCCCCUUGCUCUUCUGUGACUUAGAGGUGGAAAGCUUUCGAGCCGCCGCGGCCCAGCGCCUGGUCCGCAUGCUGCAGAUCUGCGCUGGCCACGUGCCAGGGGUCUCAGCGCUGAACCUGCUGUCCUUGUUGAGGAGCUCCAACAGCCCCGCGCCCAAGGAGCUGUGAGCACCGAGGAGCUGUGAGCACCGAGGAGCUGUGAGCACCGAGGAGCUGUGAGCACCGAGGAGCUGUGAGCACCGAG